UCGAUAGGAUAUCGUGAGGGUGGAACUAACCCAAAACAACCAGUAACCUACAUACUAGUUAUGCACCAAAGCAUAUGUGCUGAGAAGGUGGCCAACAGACCAUCCAUCAGAGGGUUAAAAAUAUAGAAUACAGACAGAAAAGAGGGAGAUCAAAUCAGCAAUCGGAAAAUAAAAGAUGGCUAAUUUGUUGGGGAAUGGGCUGCUUGAGCACAUUUACCUGCUCUUCUUGCUUUCGGCCGCCAGGUCCCAUGUGCAACUUGUCCAUGGAGAGGGACUGGUUGAAGGCACCACAGAAGUGAUCAGUCACUCACAGGGGCUACUGGCAUGGCUGGAGGGCCUUCUGGUGCUGGGGAAUAACAGUGACAUUUCCUUACGUGUGGAAACAGUGGAUGCGGAUGAGGUCAAGGUUAUCCAAGCCCACACGCUGGUGCUUUCACUGCAGAGCCGAGUGUUUGAGGAGAUGCUGAGAAACCGCAAUAGUGGCACGCUAGUGCUGCGAGAAACAGCAGAAUGCACUGCCGUGUUUGAGAAAUUCAUCAGAUAUCUGUAUUGUGGUGAACUCACACUGCAGUUAGACCAGGCCACUCCACUGCACAGACUGGCUGCCAAGUACGGCAUCUCCAGCCUCCAGCAAGGACUAACCCAGUACAUGAGCCAGAACCUGGCCAGCGAUUCUCUGGGCGGCCACGUGGUGGGCUGGUACCAGUAUGCCGUGUCGGUUGGCGACACUGCGCUGAGAGACAACUGCCUUCAGUUUUUAUCAUGGAAUCUGUCUUCGGUGCUUCAGAGUGACGAAUGGCCGUCGGUUAGUGUUGACUUGCUACUGACUCUUCUGCAGCGCUCCGAUUUAGUAUUGAAGAACGAGCUGGAAUUAUUUGAGGCGCUUGAAAUCUGGUUCACCAGGAACGACCCGGAUACCUUGACAGCAGAGAACGCCCUUCGACUGGUGCGCUACGCCAUGAUACCUCCACACGAACUCUUCCGCUUGCAGCAACAGUCACCGAUCAUGACACGCUACCACGAGUCAGUGAGUGAUCUUCUCUACAAGUCGUACCAGUUCCAUUCAGCUUCACCACUUCACCUGGCAAUGUUCUUUGAUGUAAACUGCAGCCUCUUUGUGCCCCGCAACUAUCUCUCAUUUAUGUGGGGAUCUCAGUGGGUCAUAAGUAACCCAGCACGGGACGACCGCAGCACUAGUUUCCAGACCCAGUUGAGUCAGAGCGGUUUUGACUCCAGUAAGCGGGUGACAUGGAACGCCCUGUUCUCACCCCGCUGGCUCCCUCUCAGCAUGCGACCCAUGUACACCGAGCAAGGUGGCAUGCAGCCUCCGCGGCCCGAUGGAGGAAAUAGCAUUGCCCGGCCUCGUAUCAUCAUUACACCUGCUACUUCCAGUGCAGAUUUAGCAGGUGUCAGCUUCCAAAAGACGAUACUCAUCUUGACAAAGCAGAAGGACAAGCUUGUGGUGCGGCAUAUCUUCAGUUUCCACCAAAGCACAGAGGAGGUGGGCAACUUCUUGGCUGGAGUGGACCUGCAAUAUCACACAUCUGAGUACCUGGUGGAUGGAUCGCUGUACUUGCAGAUCAUUGUAAAGCCUAUCUACCAGACUCUCAUAGCAACCGAGAAAUAAUGUAACAAGCACAUUGAAGUAGGAUACAUUUGAUUUUAGAUUAAGAAGAUCUACACUUUUUUUUGAUGCAAGAAAACAUUUAGAUAUAAUUUGAUUAACGCUAAUGAAGUGCAUCUCAUCUGUCCUUAUAUUGUAGGCUAUUGUAAGUUAGAGGUUUACUCUGGGAAAAAGUGAAAUGCACUUAAAAUGUUCACCUAAAAUGUAAGACAUUUCACUUAAAAUGUCAAGUUCUGUCAUCAUUUACUCACCCUUGUUUCAUUCCAAACCUGUAUGACUUUAUUUCUUCCAUGGAACACAAAAGGAAAUGGUUGAGGAAUGAUAAUGCUGCUCUUUUUUAUAUUGUGAAAGUGGAUGGAGAACGGGAUGUGUCAAGCUAUAAAAAGCACAAAAACACUAUACAUACA